AUGUCGAGUUUUACCGGGGUAGAGUGUGUGACGAAACCCCGGAUACAGCGUCGCUUCAGUCCGUCGCGUCAAGAUCGUGAUGGUCCAUCAAAGUUGCUUGAAAAUGCAUCAAUUUGGCGCUUCAACUUGUUCGCAGGCCGAUCGAGCUGUGCGCCUCCGUCUCUUCUGCUGCUUGUGCUUGAAAGCGACACUGCAUCGUCCACAAACAAGAUGCCAGCAAGCACACCGCCUACGCCCAGUGUGACUGAUGCCCGUGGUGGCAGCUGUUUCGGCAUCUCCAUCGUCUUCCCAUUUCCAACAAACUCCCCCAACGCCUUCGCUUUCUUCGCUUCACUUUCACCUUCCUCCCUCCCAGCGUACAUCUACACGUUAUGCCCAACGACCCAGGCUCGGAGGAGCCUUUCGACUUCGAAGCUGAACUCUAGAGACUGCAUCUCGAGCGCCUUAGGAAUCGUCGUGCCUACUGCAGUGUCUGGUCGUCAUUGGUUUGAUGAAGCCUCGUCAUCGGAACGCAGAACUCACCAGGGCCAUUCCCCCAACAUGGACAAGCCAUUUCCACCCCGCCAGCACGCCGCAGAGGAUUUUGACGAUGAUGGGCAAGCUUCGUCUACGGAACGCAGAAGCCACCAGCGCCAUUCCACCAACAAGGACAAGCCAUCUUCAUCCCAUCAGCAUACCGCAGAGGGCUUUGCCGAUGAUGAGCAAGUUUCCUCGAAGGAACGCAGUAAUCACCAGCGCCAUUCCACCACCAAGGACAAGCCAUCUUCAUCCCAUCACUAUACCGCAGUGGAGUUUGACGAUGACGUACGGAACGCAGAAGAAAAGCCAUCUUCAUCCCAUCAGCAUACCGCAGAGGGCUUUGCCGAUGACGAGCAAGUUUCCUCGAAGGAACGCAGUAAUCGCCAGCGCCAUUCCACCACUAAGGACAAGCCAUCUUCAUCCCACCACUAUAGCGCAGAGGACUUUGACGAUGAUGAGCAAGUUUCCUCGAUGGAACGCAGUAUUCGCCAGCGCCACUCCACCAGCAAGGCCAAGCCAACUUCAACUACCUCUUCCCACCGGAGGGUGACGAUCAGGACCGAUGAUGAUGGCCGUGAUGAGCAAGCACUCCCAAAGGAAGGCGGAGCUCGACAGCGCCUUCUCACCAACACGCGGCCUGAACCAGAAGCCUUGGAGUCUCCGCACGGCCUUGAUACUGAUCAGGCAGCUCCACGGCGCCUUCUCACAAGCGCGCGGCCCGAACCAGAAAUCACAGAGCCUCCGCACGCCCUUGAUUCUGACAAGGCAGCUCCAUCUCAUCAGCGACCAUCAGCACAGUCAACCGAAGACGGAGAGCCAUCAUCACCACAGCCUUUCACUCGACCCAUCUUCCCACCAGGUAUGCAUGCAUACAUUCUCUGCGAUUGA